AUGUCUGUCGCUGGCUUGAAGAAACAGUUUUAUAAAGCUAGUCAGAUGGUGAGUGAGAAGGUAGGAGGAGCAGAGGGCACUAAACUGGAUGAAGACUUCAAGGAUCUGGAGCGGAAAGCUGAUAUCACUAGUAAGGCCAUUGUGGAUGUGCUGGCCAGGACCACCGAGUACCUGCAGCCCAACCCAGCGUCUAGGGCCAAGCUGUCCAUGCUGAACACCAUGUCUAAGAUUCGAGGGCAGGUCAAGAGCACUGGCUACCCACAGGCAGAGGGGGUGUUGGGGGAGUGCAUGGUCAGAUAUGGCCGCGACAUGGGAGAGGACACCAACUUCGGUGGCGCUCUUGUUGAGAUGGGAGAGUCUAUGAAGAGACUUGCUGAAGUUAAGGACUCUCUGGAUAUUGACGUAAAGCAGAAUUUCAUCGACCCUUUCCAGACCAUCGUAGACAAGGAUCUCAGAGACAUCCAGCACCAGCUAAAGAAGCUAGAGGGCCGCCGGCUGGAUUAUGACUACAAGAAGAAACGUCAGGGGAAGAUUCCGGAUGAGGAGCUCCGCAUAAGUCUGGAGAAAUUCCAUGAGUCUAAAGAAGCAGCAGAGAUCAGCAUGCACAACCUUUUAGAAACUGAUGUGGAACAGGUGAGCCAGCUGACUGCUCUGGUGGAGUCUCAGCUGCAGUAUCACAGUCAGGCAGUGCAGGUGCUGGAGGAACUUUCUGAGAGAAUGAAAGACAGAUUGAACAAUGCUCAGGCUCAGCCACGUCGGAAACGAAUGCCCAAGCCGGUGCCCAGCUUUGACUACUCUGACACUGAACCCUCCAACGGCGGCUACAGCCCAACUAACAUUCCCCCAGCUUACUCUUCUUCAGCUCCUUCCCUGCCCAACCGACCAUCUCUACGUCAGAAACGGCAGUCGACGGACCAGCCAUGCUGCAAGGCUCUGUAUGACUUUGAGCCUGAGAAUGAGGGUGAGCUGGGCUUCAAUGAGGGCGACAUCAUCACGCUGACCAGUCAGAUCGAUGAGAAUUGGUACGAGGGGAUGAUCCGCGGCCAGCAAGGCUUCUUCCCCUGCAACUACGUGGAGGUGAUCGUGCCCCUGCCCCGCUGAACUCAGGGGUGAGCGGAAUGAGGGACGUGGAGAGAGAAAGAGGUGCAUUGGAGACAAGAUGGAGGAAACAAAGUCAAAAAUAGGGAAAAACAGAUGACAGGGAUUUCAAAACAGUAUAACAGGCCAUGAGACACUACAGUUUGUCUCGUUCUGUGCAAUUUUACAGUUUCUAACACAACCCUCAACUAAGAACACUGCUUUUUUUGUUUUUUUGGCAGUUGAGGGUUACUCUCUCUAAGCACACUACCAAAUCCUGAACUCUUGCCAUUUCCUCUUCACUGAGUAACUCAUUGAGUAAGGUGUUCAAAGAUUUAUAUUGUUUUUUCAUCAAAUCAUUUAUUUUUUUCUGAAAUAUGUUAGAUAUGGGGAUAUUCUUUACAUUUAUAAUCAUUAUGUUUUCCUGCUAAUUCAGGCCAUCUCCCACCUUCAUCGCUGCAUGAAGUAGGGGGUUUUCUUUACUGCUUAUCUGAAUGGACCUCAGCUUUUGCAAAUACACAUGGCUCCUAGUGGCCAUGCCUUGAUAUAUCACAGCAUAUUCAGAUUAGGCAUUUCGCUAUGAAACCGAUACCGAUCCUGAUGAGUCUGAAUUGAUCAGUGCUAUUUGCUCUUUGAUAAGAGUGUUACACAGUUGUUUUGAACAUGCUAGAUGUAUUGCCUGGAGCGUGAAGGUCAGAUCGUUAUUAGCCUUCUCUCCCACUUGACCUCUGCUUAUGUCUGCACCAGGUUGGGUUUUGCUUUUGAUUUUGUUUUUGGUAUUGCACAGACAUCCCUGUAUUUGUUUUUACUUCUGUUACUGGCAAACCCUGCUUGUCAAUGCUUGACCAUUCAUUUUAGCUAGAUUAGCUGAUUCCUUUUAAAUGGUCAGCUUGAUUCGGCUUUAACAAAUAAGUUGGGACUCAACCUUUAAUCUUUGUUUACAUCGUGCAGCGGUCAACGGGUAGUAAGAGCCUGAGGUAGAAUGGUGAAAUUGACAAACGGUGUCGAAAACUAACUGCAUCCAGUCUGAUCUGUGGCCUUUUAUGUGUAUACAACAUAAAUAACAUUAGAAAUUAAUAAAUGAUAAGUAGUAAUUAGUUGACCUGUCCAUGCUAUGCCUACUAAAGCAUACUCGCAUAGCAACUGUUGCAAGGUUGGCCAAGCUUUACAGAAGUUUAGCAAAAAACAGAUUCGAGCUAAUGAGAAAUUCUAUCUAUAUCUAUUUGUCAAAACACCUAAACUGUUCAAACUGGACCACCACAGUGUUAAUGCUGUUUUUCCACUGCGCAGUACAGUACAGUAAACCCAAACCCAGAACUGAUUGUACCCUGACUAUCUUUGUAGGCAGAGUUCUUGUUAGCUUGUGUGAUCACAUGAUUUCUCAUGAGAAUCUAGCAGUAAACAGUGAACACAAAGAACAGUAGCAACAAUUGAGGAGCUUCAAGCUCUGAUUUACAGAUAGCUAAUCUAGCUAACUAUUUUUUUUUUGUUUGUUUGUUUGUUUUUUAAUGGUGGUCACCUUAAACAGUCAGUGUUUUUCACCAUUUCUAGCUCCGGCCAAACAUUCCAGCGUGUUUACACUUAGUACCAUGGCAAGAAGGGAAGCUCAGCAUGUGUACAGUAUGGUUCACUUGGCAGUGGAAAUUAUGACAAAAUAUGUGAGCAUGGAUUUAUAGCCAUACUCUACCAUACUGCCUCAUGGAAAAAUGCCAUUAGAGUCACUACAUCAUGUUUAAAAUGCUACACCACCAAGCUGAACCAUGUUGCUGCGAAUCAAAACUAGGCAGAUUGGAAAUGACAACAACAUGCUAGCAUUAUUUUGAUUACCUGACAAAAAAAAUAGAGACCACAAGUUGCUACAAAAGAAAGCAUUUGUGGGCGGGGCAUGGAUAGGUCAUUUACAUCUUGGUGAGGAUAAGAGCUCAGAGUUGCACUCUACCUCUCUACAAAGGGCCUCAUGCUAAAAGGAGAGAGAGAGAGAGAAGGGAGAGGGAGGCAGUAAGUGAGAAGGUUAUUAUAUACCUCCAUUAUCUGAUAUCAUGUGUCUGCAGGGAUGUAACAGUUCCAUAAAGGGAAACUGAGCUUUUGUCAGUUUUAUUAUGAUCCUCUUUUUAAAGGGGAAUUCUACCAAUGUUUUAAAAGUUCUGCAUAAUUCAGUGGUUAAUAUAUAAACAAAGUCAUUCCGAGUGCUUUAAUGGGAAAUGCGCUGUGGUCGGAAUUGUUCACAGUAGUGGUGAUGGGAACCAGACGUCUGAAGAGUUUAAUGCCUCUAAAAGCUCCCUCACAGAAAGUCAUUACGUGAAAUGGUCAUGAAUGCGCUGUCUGAUACCUGAGACAUUGUUUUGUGAUGAUUUUGAGAUAAGCUUUUAGCCUAAAAGGCAUUUAGUCCCCAAAGAAAUCUUUUUUUUUUUUUUUAGAUUUAGUACUAUUUUAUCAUAAGGAACAUUACAUAAAACAUCAGAAGACCAUGUAGGUUCACUAGUUGUGUUGGAUAGUGAAUACAGUGGCUGCAUUUGUGUUGAAGACAUUGUAACCCCUGUUUCCUAUCACCACCACUGUAAAGAAAUCAGUAAGGUUCUCUACAGUUGAACCCUGUCGCAUCAAACCACUCUGAAUGACUUUGUUUACACCUCAACCACUGAAUUAUGCAGUAAAUUUGGAAAAUUUGGUAGAAUUCCCCUUUCUCUCUCGUCCUCUCUCUCUCUCACACACAUACACUACUUGUCAAACUUGUCUUUUUUCAUGGUAUGUGUCUCUACAGAACACUAUCCACUCCCCAUUUCUUCCUCCUAGUUUAGGCUAAAACUGCUUCCCUUCUCAUGUAAGAGUUAAUAGUGAAAUUAUGAAUAAAAAUCUCUUUCUAUUCAGAAAAGCACAAAUAUAUAACUUAAAUUUGUGUGAAAGAACAACUUGCUGGUCCUAACAGUGUUUACAUGUUUUGUUUUUUUUUGUUUUCAGUGUCUGUAUGUUGUCUUGGCACACUGUGUUAAAAAGCAGAGCUGAGUCUGUCACUCCACUGUUGUGUAUGAUUUUGUAGGGUUUUUUCACCUGCAGUUCCUGAGACUUUUCAUGGUUUCUAAGUCACAAAUGUCUUGAUAAAUAUGAUGAAUUGACUGAAGCUGCGCUACACUAUGUGUCCAAAAGUUUGUAGACACCUGCUCAUUCACCAUUUCUUCUGAAAUUAAGGGUGUUAAUGGGGUGCUUGUCCCCCUUUGCACCAGAUGUUGGAACAUUGCUUUGAAGAUUUGAUUGCAUUCAGCCACAAUAGCACAGACACCACUCCAACUCAUACCAAAGUCAUUGUAUGCUCCAUCACUCCCAAGAAUGCAGUUCCACUGCUCCACAGCUCAAUACUAGGGGCCUUAUACCCAGAGUUCCCAUUCUAGUGACUGUACUUUUCUUUGGAGAUUAAACAAGGUGUGUGCAGAAUGUCUGUGUCAGUAAUGGUGCACCUUAAAGUGGCUGAAUUUCGCCAAUUAGAAGGGGUGGAAAUUUUUGGACACGUAGUCUGUGAAAUUGGUUCUGCAUGAUAGCAGAUGAAACCUCACUGGCUUAUUCAGCCAGCCAAAGAGGAACUGGACUUAAAUCAGGGGCUAUUUUUUCAGCUCUGGGUGGAAUUGACUCGUCCAUGCUCUCCCCAUGCGUUCUUCUGUGUUAACUGUUGUGAAGUUGGACAAGCUUUGCUUAACGUUCAGCUUAGUGCAGCAAAAUUAGAUGAGAAAAUCUUUGUUUAGAGUCUUUACAUAACUUUACGUUUCUGGUUUAAAAUGCUACAUGACUCAACUGGAUUGUGUUAUUGUAGAUAAACAAAGCUACAAAUUUGUGCAUUGCUCCGGUUACACAACAGAAUAAAACAGUGUGACUUUCUACAAGCAUACAAAAUCAAUAUCAUUUGAAAUUAAAGCUGCCCUAUGUAAUAUCUGGAGAUUUAGAGACCUCUCUGGUGGAAAUGUGUAACUGCACUCAAUAUGCAGAAGCACGUCGGUUGUGCUUCAGACCCCUUCCCCAAGCAGAUGAAUCUGAUUAUUGUGAGUGCAUUGAAAGAGUAUUCAAAGAGAAUUCAAUCAAAUCUUGAGGAACGUGACUUCUGAGGAUGUCUACUAUCAUAUCUUUAUCAGUAUAAUGUUGAUUUUGCAUCUGAGACCUAAAAAUGGAGCUGGACCUUCUUUUUGAGGCUGUGUGUGUGAUGUUAAUUUGUAAAAACAUAUAUCAUGGUCUGAAAAGCUUGUGAAAUCUGACCUGACACCUCUGACUUUUUACUUCAGGCCUUACAGGGCGAAUCCCAGCAGCACGCCACAUUUUAGUGUAUUUUUUCCUGACUCACUAGUGCUACUUGUUACUUCAUUCUGUUUUAAAAUUUAUUUUGACAAGUUUAUGCACUAUAGUUUCUCAUUAGGUAGUAUUUUGUCCAAGGUUUUCUAAAGCUUGUCCAAAAUAGCAGCAGUUGCUACGAAAGAAUGCAUUUUUAUGCAGAGCAUGGAGGUCUUUUUUGCUGAUCUAGGACCGACUCUGCAUAUCGAUGCUGUUGGACCGAAACCUUGUAUUUCCCAAAUGAUAACUUUACAGGAGAAGGAAAAAACAUACUUUACUUUUAAUGUAAGUCAAUGGAACCAGACAUUUUUCCAAGCAGUUUUGGGCUUUUGUUUGGUCCUUUCAUGUUGAAAUUUACACGCAAUAUAAAGUUCAGUAGGUAUUUUCAAAUUAUGAGGUUUUGGUCCAACAGCAGUGAUAUCUAAGUGCAGUGUGCUGUCAUUUAGAGACACUGCAGAGCUGUUCUUAGAUCAGGAGCAAACAGCAGCAUCUGCUUGGAACCAUUUAUAUGCUUUUUUCACAAUAGCUGAUAUCCUUCAUCUGGUUUAAUUACAUUUUCUCUUUAAGUCCAGAGAGACUUCUGUCCAGUGGGCACUCUCCCUCCACACGAAAAUGUACCCUUUUGUUAAUGGGCUUUUAAUUAACCUAAUGAAAUCAGGUGUCAGUCUUCUGCGAGUGGCCUAUAAAGACAUGCAUUGUGUUAGUAGUGUUGGUUGGUCAUUCGCUUUAAUAUAGAGCCACAGCACUCUCAGAUUAUCCAGUCUAAAACUCCUGUGUGUGUGCGUUGUGUGCGUGAUGUGAGGCGUUUGUGUAGAUAUUAAACUACGAAACCAAAUGUCAUGUUGAUAUAUGGGAUUUACCAAAAUGCAAUAGCUUUAUUUUAAUACAGUGCAAAGACAAAAAGAGGCCUAAUGGAAAACUAUGGAACAUGGGCCUAAAGUAAUACUUUAUAGCUUUAUAAUCUGUUUUUGCAGGGCUGCGUUUUGAAAUCGGGUUUCAUCUGUGAUACGUUUCAGGUUUUGAAGCCUUAACAAAAAUCUGUACCUGUUAAUGUUUGUGAUGUUUCCCAUUGUUCCAAAUGUACAAGACUAAAAAGAUUAUAUUUUCAUCUUAAAUAAACAGAAAAAAGUCUGUUCUCUUA